UUCACCUUCUGGUCGGUAAUGUGCUGUAUGGUACUACCAAAGCAGAAAUCGACUGACCCAGUAACGCUACGGGCGGAUAAUUUUUUUCUUAAAAAAUGAUUCGCCGAAGACGCAUUAAAAUCUGUCAUUUAUUUUUAAUUUGGCUCGGUUUAUUAAUAACUGGCGCCUUCAUUUAUAAAACUAGUGAUAUAUCGAGUGAUUUUAACGAAUUAGUUAAAAACAAAAUACCAAAAAAGACGCUCUUAAGUGUCGCGAGUACUGUGAACGUUAGUUCGACCACGGAAGUUCAAAGAAAACCAUCUUCAGCCACUCCAGUGACGAAACGGGUUACAAAAUCGAUGUCCCAAUUGGGAAAAAUGGACGAGAUCAAUAAGCAUUUCUUAUUUUUGAAUAGUGUGCCGAAAAGUGGGUCGGAAAUUUUGAUUUUUUUACUUGAGAGGAUACAGGGUGGAAACAACUUUAAACAUGUGAGAUUGAAGGGAGGUAAUAGGCGAAGAUUAAAUCAGAUUCAACAGGAAGAACUCGUUGAAGAAAUCUACGAUGUACGUCAAAAUCUAGCUGUCCCACUCAGUUUCGACCGACCGGUAUAUUUCCUAGACUUUUCCAAAGUCGACAAGCAAAUGCCCACGUACGUGAACCUCAUAAGGCACCCGGUGGCGAAAGUGAUGUCUAGAGCGUUUUCAAAGAAAACUGACACCUACGAUAGUUACUUCAUGAGAUGUCUUCUGGACGCGCAGCGUAAUUGUAACUUCAAGAGUGGAAGACCUUAUGACCUCACUAUUCCUUACUUUUGCGGACACGAUGAGCGUUGCAUGUUCCUCAACAACCAGUGGGCUCUCGAGAGGGCAAAAGAGAACGUUGAAAAGUACUAUAAGGUGGUGGGCGUUCUUGAGGAAUUAAACGUUACCCUACAUACUUUAGAGGGUGAAAUUCCGCAGUUUUUUAGGGGGGCCAAAGAGGUUUAUCAGCGACAUUUAUUGGAUAUAUACAAUCAUAAAAAGGAACCUGAGGUACCGGAGGACGUACGUCGGUCCCUUGAAGAAUCGUUAGUUAAGGAAAUUGAGUUUUAUGAAUGGAUUAAGAGGAGACUUUUAAGCAAUGUAUAUGCAAAUAGUUAGUAAGGUAUCUGUAUUAUGUGAUUUUUGAAUCGCCCUGUAUUAUAUUACCGAAUAUAUUGUUUUUGUUUUUAAGCUAAAUAUGUAAAUUAAGACAACUUAUAUACGUAGUUACUGGACAUGACAAAGGUAAGACUGAUCGAUUUGUAGAAAUAAAGUGAAGUAAAUCUA